AUGUGGACAAGUGAUGAGGAAUACCACACAAGGGUCUACAGAAUUAGGACCCCAACCAAGCAAAAGACCAAGGAGCCAGGCUCCAAUUCAGUCCAGCCAACUGCCCAAAAAGAAGAGGACCCUAAUUCCCAUAAAAAAUCUAUGAGCCCUCCAAACCAGUCCAAAGAACAAAUGUCAACUGGUAUAAACAGGGAGAAACCAAGUCUCCCUAUAAAAGACUUGGAGAGUAUAUCUAUGACAAAGCAAGGUGGGUCUUUAGGACCUUUGAUCAAAGGAGAGGAGAGACUAUGCCUGAGGAAGAUUUUUUUGGGCUCCCCCAGUGAAGAAAAGAAGAGGCUAGAAAAUAUAAAAGGAGAUGAGAAAUUGAGGCCAAGUGGUAUGAAGAGGAAAGCAGAAGAAUUAGAGGACAAAGUGCCUUUGAAGAAGGAGAAGACGACUACUAUCCCACUGAAAUCGAUAAAGGGAGAAACCAAUCCUACCCCCCCAAUUAUUACCCCAACUCCAGUUAUCAAAUUACAUCAUCCAGAGAUGACCAAGUCACUGAUGGAGUUAGAAUCUUUAGGAGAUGCUGACUUACUUCUAAACCUUGGUGGGAGGUGUAAGCACAUUGAAGAUGAGGUGGAUGGGAUAGAUUUUGGUCUUCUCAGUGGCAAAGAAAAGGCAGAAGAAGAGAACCCUUUAAAAGAAAACCCAGUGGAGGAAGAAGCUGCUGAGAAGAAGGAAAUGACUGCUGAAGAAAUGGCAACAGCAGUUGAAGCCAUAUUAGAGGAUGGAGUGGAGUCUAGAGAAUUUUUUAACUUAUGUCAAUGA